UUGCAAAGCCUGCCAAUUUCGCCUCUCCAAUGCUCACUUUUCAUACACCAGAGGAUGUUAAAGACACCAAUUCAUUUAAAUAGGUGACCACAACAUACCAUGGCUACCACUGAUGUGGAUGUUAACAGUGUCCUACUCCAGGAGCUGAAAAACAUGUACCCAGAAGUUCCAGAGCGUAUUGUUACAACUCACAUGAUCAAGCACAAGAAUGACAGAGCAAAAGUGAUCCAAGUACUUGAUCACGAGGGACCUCAGUAUCUUUUUGAAAAGCCAUUGUUUGAUCCCAUUCAGAGAAGAAUGGAAAAUCUAACUAUUUCACAAACUGAAGGACGGACAAGAAGUGACUCUGGUUCAAGUGGGGUAAGCAGUACAAGUACGAACAGUGUGUCAAGUGUGUCCUCGGUGCCGUAUGUGGGUGGAAAUUCACGACUGCCACCAGAUAGUACUGAGUUUAGUCAGUUCAUGAGUCCAGGUGCCCAUAGCACAAAUAUACCAAACAUUAAUUGUGAUGUGUCCACACCAAUGAAAGGAAAGUUGAAUAAAGCCCCCUCUAGACUUCAACCAAUUCAAGUGCUACAUGUGCAGACAUCACAGGGGCAGUCAUCUUCCACGGGGAGUGAACACAACAGUCCUACUCCGCGUGUGUUUAUACAGGUGAACCAACAUACCAAUAAUCACAAUUCCCAGACUAAUCAGUUUCAACAUCACUACAAACAACAGAUGUCUUAUCCAAGUACAAAUACAACGCCCCAUAAGUGGCGGACACAGUCGUCCGUGCCUGGGAACAAUUACAACACAUAUGCAUCACAAGGGCAUAAUUACCUAAACGCAACUGGUGGUGUAAGUCCAGGAAUACACCCAGUGGACAGACAACCAUAUCGCAAACCCCCAGCCAGUCCCCAACCCCUUGAUAGUGUAAAGUCUUCCCACAGCCAUAUACCAUAUCCCUCUCAGUAUGGAGACCAUUCACAACAAAGCCAAUGGAAUGCUGGACCAUCUAGUACAUCUAGUGGCUCGCACAGUGGUCAACAAAUGUCUAAGGCAACAAUAUACCUGGGUGGGCCCAGCAAACCAGGGGGACAUGGGCCCUCAUACAACAUGGGCACUAGUUCUGGCAUGCAGUACAAUCACCCAGUGUCCACAGCUGGCAUGCAUGGCUCUCAUAGUGAACCAUAUCUACAGCCACAUGGUGGCUACAAUCCUUCCCCUCAGCAGCAACCGCCGACCCAACAAGGUGGCAGUAAUACUACUAAGCCGUUGUUCAUCAAGGUUGCUAGUCUGACGAACCAGGAUAGUGGAACACCAUCACAGUAUAGAUACCAAUCCGAAUCGCCAUCAAGUGUGGGAUCAAUGAACCUUCCUCAAGUGAACUCUAGAUACAGGAAUAUUAGUGGAGAAAUCCUCACUAUGGCAGGACCCCCGACUGGGACUGUUCACCCAGGCUCCUAUGUUGGACAAUUAUAUUUGAAUGAAGUAGGAGGUACGGCUGGCAAUGGUUCUUCUAGUCAGGGUGUUGAGACAGGGCCGUUAUUUAUGCACUAUCCUUCAGUUCCGUCUAACUGUCGGGUGUCUGGACAUCCACCCUCGUCAGGAAACAAUUCUCCCCCUAUCCUUCCUGUCAGAACAGGAAUUCCUCCUCCUCAAGUUGGAAAUCCUUUAGCGCCCGAAAAUGUGAUAAACAGAAGUAUUAUGGAGCCUGGGGAAUCGCAACACAUUUCACUUGCAACGUUCCAGCCUUUAGUGUCGCCAGCAUCUAGUCAAAGUAGUCUGAGUUCAGAGUCCUCAUCUCAACGGGAAAUCCAAAGGCCUAGGUCGGGCAGUGUGCAAGAGGAGGCUGAUUAUAUUUCAGUAUUACUUCGUUUCCAAAAGGAGAGAAUGAGUAAACUCAAGUUAGACCUAGAGUCAGAGCUGAGGAAAUUAGCAAAAAUUCGUAAUGAGGUGACGCAAAUGGAAAAAAAUAUGUUGGAUCGGACAAGAACGAGAAACCUGAAUUUCUCUCCACAUUUGGAGGAUGUGGCAAGUUUACGUAACAACAAUAUGAAAUUACAGGCAGAGAUCCAAGUCAUGACACGGGAGGUGGACAUGUACAAUAAUGGACAAACUCCCUUAGGUGUGUUGGACCCAUUGGAACAACAGAAUUUUUUCCAGAACAUGAACCCAGGACAAAGAGGUUCAAUAUAUUCCCGACCGCCAGCACCAACACCUACACCAACGCCAACACCAACACCAACUCCUAGACCUGCAAGUGAAACUCCCCCACCUGUUCCCCCAAGGAUCCACCAUGUGCCACCUCCUCCUCCUCCCCAGCCUGUGACUGGGUCAGGCGAUUUAGAUGGUGAUGGAGAACAGUGGAGCUGCUCUGCCUGUACCUUCCUCAAUCACCCUGCCCUCAACAAGUGCGAAUGCUGCGAAAUGCCAAGGAUGAAUGCCCCUGCCCCCACCACAGAUCUUUAUGAUGAAUAUCAUGGUGACAGCCGACACAAUGAAUUAAGUGAAGCAGGCAAUGAUUUUGAACUUGUUUAGGUUGAUUGGUUAUGAUUUCAAAAGUUAAAGGACCUACACAUCCCCACUUGCAUGGAACUUGACCUCUGAUCCCCACCAGUGCUGUUUCCAAGCCGCAAGCCAUAUAUUAUUUCAAAGUUUAAGUUAAAAAUAGGUCUUGGAAGUGUUAAAAAAUGAGGUGGGGAGACGAAAAGAACUGCAUGUUUUAUUGUAUAAGUGAGUUCAAUGUGCUCUACAUUGGUUUCAACAAAGACAAAUUUAGUGGCAAAACAGUCUCUUCAUUAUUAAAGUAUUGGCAUGAUCAGUAGAACUGACAAAUUUGAGACUGGUGGAUGAAUUUAACACUUUAAGAAGUUACCAGAUAAUUUGAAAAUCUGAAACGUUGAGGUUUGCCAUAGCUUUGUGAAAGGAAAAGAAAUCAGAUGUAAACCAGUUCUGUGGAAGCUGCAAACUUGAUACAGCUACAUCAUUUAUAUCAUUGUUGGUUAACUGUAUCUCUACAUAAAUCAUUCAACUGAGACUUCAAAAGUCGAAGUCAAUUGUAUUAUCGUCACAUCGUCACGUUUUGGAUUCCUUGGUACUACUCUCUUGGAAGUUUGUAACAAUACAAAUACUGUUUGAAAACUUGAAAUUCUUUUAUCAACAGAAUCAUUAAUUGCAUUAAGGAUUGAAUGUAAAGCGAGCUUAGAAAUGUAAAAUGACCGUGGUUUUGGCAGACCAUUGUUAACUGAGAUAUUAUUAUUCUGGAAAGUUUUGCCUUUAUUGCAUACUGUGAAGGACCCAUAGUGACCAAAUUAGAAUUGCUUUCAAAAUAUGUCACACAAGAUUUGGAUAAAGAGUAAGUUGGAUAAAAAAAAAUGAAAAGAUGAAUAGAUAAAAAAGAUGAAUACGGAAUGUAUUUACAAUCAAUGAUACAAUUGUCUGUCAGUUUUCUUCCUGAUGUGAGUUCUUUGACUUUGCAGAAUGAUCUACAUACUUAUUUUGCCCAGGAAUUCAACAAUAGUGGUCAGUUGAUGAAAGUUAGAAUGUUCAUCCAUCAUUUUUUUGUAAUGGUUAUUCAUAAUUUGAUGUGGAUAGACAUCUGAAAUCUGCAUCACAGAAAAAACAAUAUUUACACAUAAUCACACAUAGAAUUGUUGAAUAGUGUAGUGAUGUCUGAUGUUGGUCAGAACUUUGAUGAUGAUGGAUCAACUACAUUUAUUCCAUGUACAUGAAUUGGAGUCGUUUUAAUAUUUACUCGUAUCAACUAGUAUAAAAUCAGUUAUAAAACAUCCAUGAUUAUGAAUAAUGCACUGCAACCCUGUUUGGAGCUCAUUUUAAUAGGUGCCCUAGCAAACUACUAAAACCAUUGACAUUGACAUGAAAGUCAUUUGGAAAUUUAAUCUAUCUCAUUUCAUUAAUGUAUACUGUACCAUGAAGAGUUGAAUUACUAUGAUAUUUUGUGGGCUGGCAACACAAUAAUGAAACACAACAGUGAAAUUUGUGCCAAAUAAUUAUCCCUAGUUGGAGAAAUGUAUCUAUAAUUAGGUAUAUAUAGGUAUACACUUUGAAUCAUUACAGUUCUGACAUCUGUUAUACUGUUGUUGUAUUGUACAAGUUUAUAAUGUCGUACAGCCUGUUAGUCUGUACAGUGUUGUACCUUGGUUUCAGUAAACAACAAUACUGAUAUCCGUAUGCUAUGCAGUAAACAAUAUGUUACAUUAUGAUCACAUACUUACUUUUGAGAAAUUCUACACACCUGUACAACAUUUCACAAAGAACAGUACAACACAUAACAUACAUUGUUGUAUUGUGUACAUUGUGCAAUUACUGUGCAUUGUACAACAUAAAGCAUAGUAUGACUCUGAGUGAUGCACUUUUACAAUGAUAGCACUGUGUCAUACAAAUUACAACAUACCAUAGACACUAGCAGCAGAUUUUGUUAAGUGUUUACACAGAUCACCAGACACUAUCAACAGAUUUUGUUAGGGUGUACACAGGACAUCAAUUACUUAGGACUCGUAACCAUUCUGCCUUACUGACACGAUGAUCCCAACAACUGACCUUCUGGGAUCAGUAAAAAUGAGAAAAUUCUUUUGUUUCUCAGUCCUUUUUAUCUUUGCUGUACUUCAGUUUGGAAUAACAGAUGUUUUGUUUUUUUGUUGUAGUGAAGAUGUCUUGUUUCACAAGUCCAGAUUUUAAUGUCCAUAUUUUAUCCUUUUUUUUUUUUUUUUUCUCGAAUAUUUUCGAAACUUUUUUUUCUUAACACACAGUUGACAUUUUUAUCGUUCAAUUAUCACCCAAUAGUUUCAUUUAAUCUUUUUUUUUUUUUAACUAAAUUGACUACACCAUUGCUAUUUUAAUGGUUGUGUUUUAUUAGGAUCAGUGUUUGGAUAAAUUCUGUGUUUGAUUUGUGGUCAACAAUUUCUCAGAUAUAUGAUUUUUCGCUUCACUGAAUACUACAUAAAAAUGCUAUAAAAACUAUUUAACCAGAUGAAAAUAAAAUUGCUUUCAGACCUUGCAUUAAAGUAACGAGUGAGAAUCUGACAAUUUGUGAUUAAAUAUUCCAAUGUUAUAGUAUGAAAGGAAGAAUUUGAUUGAAGUGUUCAACAUUACCCAUAAUUAGAUCUGAGUUAUCUAAAUAUUAAUGAGUGUGACUAGUUUAAAAUAAAACCAGGUUAUGUAUAGAUAGAUGUUAUUGCAGAUAAAUUAAACUGGGUUAUCUAUAAAAAGAUAUAAUUGAAAAUGUAUUACAACUGGGUUAUUUAUAUAGAAAUAGGUGUGAUUGAAGAAUCUGCCUUUUUAAGUCCAAAAUUGUUUCAUUUUUUUAUUUUUUCUUACCUUUGUGCAACAUACAAAAUGGCCUGGUCUUGCCAUGUGAGAUUUUUUUUCUAAGUUUGUAAAAUAGGCUUUUAAUUUCAGACUACAGCAUAUAUUGGGGUGAUUUCCAGAAAUCUGUCAAAGUUUGUCAACAAAAUUUUGUCCUAAAUAGAUCUAUACAAAUGCCCUGGUGGUGUGCAUGAAAGAAAUGCAUUUUUUUUUUUUUUUUUUUUACUUCCAGAUUUAAAGAGAGUAUAUGUGCCUCAUUUGUGGUGACAAAGAGUUUUGUAUUAUUAAUGAAUGAUCUCUUCAUCUCUUUGUACAGAACAUGAUUUGUGUUAUGAAUACUCACAUAAACAAAACUGCUAGAUUACAAUGUUUGUGCAAUGUAGAGUGCUAGUUAGGUCUAGUGGUUGAAUGUAGUCUAGUGUUUUGGUAUUCAAUGACUCCUCAUUCCACAGAGUUGAAAAUGAGAUCAUUCUUUGGUGUGUAAGCAAUUGAUUGUAAAUGCAUUUAAGAGUGGUCAAUCAUGUGAGGUUCUCAAUAGGCCCAACCUUUUAAAGGAUAAAACAAAUAAAUUGGAAAAGACGAGUCGUUGGAUGAGAGGCUCAGGAUAGACAAGCUUAAUCAUGAAUUCAGUUGUAUUUUAUUGGUGAGUUUUUGGAACAAUGAAUGGCGUCAUUCUAGUCAUAAAGACACGUAGUGUAAGUUAGUGUUGGUUAGACAUGGUUAAAAAAUUCCACCAAUGAAAACUUUUGUUUGUAUAAACACAGCAAUUUGUUGCACAAGUUUCUCAAAGUUGUAUCUGGUAUAUGAUAACAGCAUGUGAUAUAUAGCGUGGAAUUUUAUAUGGGUGACGAAAUCAUAUAUUUUAAUUUUUCGAUUUUUUUUAACAAUGGGUGUGAUAUGUUUACAUAGUGUUAACACAUUAUAGCCUUAAUCAUGACAUUGUUAACAUCAGUUUCCCAAGUUGGGAAAAAAGAAAAAAAAAAAAAUAGGAUUACCAAGCCAUUCUAAAACUACUGCUGAGAACUUGGUUCUUUUCUGAAAGUGUUGCAUGAAAA